AUGGGAUUCCGAGUGAAUCUCGAAGGUCCAAUUAGAGACUUGGAGAUUGCUAAUUUUUUUUGUUUCUAUUAUUGGUGUCAAUUCUCCGCAUUUGAGGAGCUUGUGACCGCGUUUGCUGAGAGGAAUUAUGGGGACCCCUACAUUUGUGGAGGCUCGACAACGUUCAUGGAGGUUCAAGAUGUUGACCUUCGCCUUUACAUCAUUUACUUGGGACACAAGCCACAUGAUGAUCAUGAACUUAUCACUGAUUCACAUCAUGACAUAUUAGGUCAAGUGAUUGGGAGUAAAGAAGAAGGCAAAAAAAAUAUGGUAUAUAGCUAUAGACAUGGCUUCUCUGGAUUUGCUGCUAAGCUAACUGAUUCUCAAGCUAAACAAAUUAGAGAAUUACCUGGUGUGAUUGGAGUUAUACAAAAUCAAAUUUACAAGACUCAUACAACAAGAAGUUGGGAUUUUUUGGGUCUUUCUAAAAGUGAUCCCAACAAUCUUCUCAACAAAACAAAUCAGGGUGAUGGAAUAAUCAUUGGCGUUGUGGAUACAGGUAUAUGGGGAGACUUAGAAGGUUUUAACGAUAAAGAGCUAGGUCCAAUUCCGUCUCGAUGGAAAGGUAGUUGCAAAUCAGAAGCAAAUUUCAGUGCCACAAAACAUUGUAACAAAAAAAUUAUUGGAGCUCGUUGGUACAUAAAAGGAUUGAUGGAAGAAUAUAAACUAAACCAAACAAUGGCUGAAAAAUCAUAUAAUUUAUCACCAUUAGAUGAAGAUGGACAUGGUACACAUGUUGCCUAUACAGCUGCUGGUUCUUAUGUUAAUAAUAUUCAAUACUAUGGUCUUAACAUGGGAACAUCAAGAGGAGGAGCACCACUUGCAAGAUUAGCAAUUUAUAAGGUAUGUUGGAUUAAUAAGGUAAAUGGAGAAACUUAUUUAGGUGGUGCUGAUGCCCUUGCUGCUAUUGAUGAUGCUAUAAAAGAUGGAGUUGACAUAAUAUCAGCAUCUAUUGGUUUUAAUGGUCGUGUAUUUAGUGAAGUUGAUUUUGAAAGUCUUUUAGGGAUAGGAUCUUUUCUUGCAGUAUCACAUGGCAUACCUUUUGUUGCUGCUGGUGGAAAUACUGGACCUGAACCAAACACUAUUGGUAAUGUUUCUCCAUGGAUAAUAACUGUUGCUGCUAGCAAUGAAGAUAGAGAUAUUGUUACUCCUUUAACACUUGGAAACAACAACACAAUACUAGCUCAAGAAAUUUUUCAAGGGAAGAAUCAAGCCUUUGCUCCUUUGUUGGUUGCUAGAGAUGUAACAAAUAAAGAAGAGCUUAAAUCUAUUGUUAAAGAGGUGAAAGGAAAAAUUGUAAUGAUUUUCUUAGAAGACAAAAAAGAUGUAUUGUUUUAUUUGACAACUCUAAAUAAUACUGGGGUCUUGGCUUUAAUUUGUGUUACUCCCCCUCUUGAACAAAAUACUGACUUCAAUCAACUUAUUGGUGUUCCUAUACCAUUUUUUACUGUUGAUGUGGAGCAAGGAACUCAAAUACUAGAUUAUUUUCAACAAUGCAAAUCAAAUAACCAAGAUCCUAUGAUUAAAUUGGGUCAAACUAGGGUUGUUGAGGGCAAUGAGGUAUUCCAAGAGGUGGCUAAGUUCUCAUCAAGAGGUCCAAAUUCCUUUGCUCCAGACAUUUUGAAGCCUGAUGUUGCAGCUCCUGGAGUUGGUAUACUAGCAGCAGCUCCUCCUAACAAGGGAAACAAUGGGUUCCAACUCAUGUCAGGAACAUCCAUGGCAGCUCCUCAUGUCUCAGGAAUUGUUGCACUUCUUAAAGUGGCACAUCCUGAUUGGUCUCCUGCAGCUAUUAAAUCUGCACUUGUGACUACAGCAUGGAACGAGGAUACAUAUACAUCUGAAAUCUAUUCAGAAGGAACAAACAAUCUUGCUAAUCCAUUUGAUUUUGGAGGUGGCAUUAGUAAUCCAAAUGGAGCAAUGGAUCCUGGCUUAAUAUAUGAUAUGGAUAAAAAUGAUUAUUUGAAUUAUGUUUGCACCUUGGGUUAUAAAAAUGAUAUGGUUCAAAAUGCAACUUCGUAUUUUUUCGAUACGAAAAAUUCGACUAUAUGUCCUAAUGAAGUACCUUCUAGGUUGGAUUUGAAUCUUCCUUCAAUAUCGAUUCCAAAUCUUAAGAAUUCGAUUAUUGUUAGAAGAACUAUUACAAAUGUUGGAGAUGUCAACUCGAUAUAUAAGUUGGUGGUUAAACCUCCAAAAAAUACCGCGAUUAAAGUCAAUCCAAAUGUGUUGAAGUUCAAUUCCAACACAAAGAAGAUUUCCUUUGAGGUUGAAAUUAUAUCAACUUACCAAAGAAAGAGUAAUUUUAAUUUUGGAAGUUUGGCAUGGAGUGAUGGCAAGCAUUUUGUUAGAAUUCCUAUUGCUAUGAGAAAAUAA